AUGAGUCGAGGGAAUGUAACCAAACGCGAGUUAUGCGUGAAACGUAUGCGGGAGAUUCAUGAGCUGUCGAUGCUCGCCGCGGACAAUGUAAAUCAGAGACCGAACUUUCGCGUGCGAUAUCCCAUCGUGACCAAAUUGGUCGAGGACUUUGAGGCAGCCCACCUCAAGAUAAUACAAGACGCCUCAGAUGAAGAGUUCGAAACGGAGGAUUCGAUUCGCCGGGACUUUGACGAGAUGCGCUUCGCGGUAAUCGGGCGUUACGAGAGAUUUGUGGGCGCCGACCGAGUAGCCGCUCCGGCCCCGCAGGCCCCGGCCCAGACGUCAUCGGUCAAAUUGCCCAAGAUCUCCCUUCCGCAAUUUUCGGGAGAUCUCACGCUUUGGCCCUCGUUCAUCGCGUUAUACAACAUCUCUAUUCACGAGAACCGGAACGUCCCUACCAUAGAGAAGUAUCAAUAUCUGAUAUCCUGCUUGAAAGGAGAAGCGCUGAACGUCGUCAAGAACAUCCCUCUCUCCGCCGAUAAUUACGCGAUAGCUUAUGACGCCUUGAUUUCGCGAUAUCAAAACAAACGAUACUUGGCUGAUUAUCACGUGGACUUGAUGCUGAAAGCUCAGCCGUUGAAGUCGGAGUCGGCCGUCCCCCUGCGCACGCUGUUGAGCACCUUCACCGAAAACACGCGAGCAUUGAAUCUAUUAGGAUUUCCUACAGACGCUUGGGAUUAUCUCCUUCUUAAAUUCUUGCUGGAGAAGCUCCCUCGCUCGCUCCGCGAGAAGUUCGAAUCUGAACACCGGGCGGAGGAAAUACCGAAAUUCACGCAGCUCACAAAGUUCCUCUCUGAUCACUGCCGGGUUCUCGCGUCGGUAUCGGGCUCACAAAAUACGUCGCAAAAGUCUCAGUCGACUUCGUCAAAGAAUUCCGCGUCGGCCUCGUCGCUCGCAACUCGAACCGCCGAGUGUCCG